AACGAAUUGGUAUUGUGACUAAUAGAAGCGCGAGUUGAAGAUUGAAUCAACGUUUGUUGUUGGAUCGUCACAUGUGGAGAAAGUAAAAAAACCGAGUCAGUUAUUAAUUCCAUAAUAGUCACUCCUAGUCAAACUAAGGUCGGCUGAAUUUACUAUGGGUAGGCAAAAAACUGCGAAGUUGUCUUUAGACGAUGUCGCCAUUGGAUUAUUUGUUUUGGAGUUGGACAAUUCCAUCUCUUAAAAAUUGAAGGAUGAGGUUAAGGCAUGGGCUCAUCUAAUGCAAAUUCACCGGGUAAUUGUGCAACUGUGGCGAGACAGCCGAGGUCGAGUCAGGAUGAUAACAGCAGGAGUAUCAGAAAUUAAAGAUCUCGAAUUGGCUUCGAUUAAUGCCAUCAACAAGUCAAAUGGUCGGUUGAAACCAUUCAAGCUUGGAGGAACAUCGAGCUACUGUUCUUACUUAGAUAAGACAAAGAUUCGUCUCACGGCUAAUCCUAAAGAUUGCAUCGACAUUGGUGUGUACUCUGACUCAUUUUUCAGCGGAUGUGAGACAAAGUUUUACACCAGGGACAGGAAACAAGUCACUUGCUCCUUCAUGCCAUCCACAGCCAAGCAAUACUUGAAAAAGGAUGUUGAUAAAAUCAACGCUGCGAUAGAUGCAAAGAUUCACAAUCUGAUUGAGGAGGUUGAUCCGGAAGAUGAAGUGGAAGAAGAUUUGGAAGACGUGUCACUGGUGAAGAAGAAGAAAGCAAGAGUUUUCAGAAAAGGCCGUAAAGUGCACAUUUGCGGUGUAUGUGGACUUCGAGUCCAAGACAAAACCGAAAUGGAUAGACACACAAGGACACAUACAGGGGAGCGCCCGUUCAUGUGCGAAAAAUGCCCCGCUAGACCACGUUUCGCACAAAAAUCGAAUCUCACGCGUCAUCAAAGGCUUGGUUGUGGAAACCGUGGUGGUGGUAAUCAGAAGAUUGGAAGGAGGAAGCUUCAGAUUAUGCGAAUGAGGGUCGAAAAUGGAGAAUCGUCACAAGAAGUAGUGAACGCCCCUGCUCCAGAGAAGACCAAGGAGGAAUUAGAAAAGGAGAUUCUCGGUUUGAAGGAGGAGAUUCGUGACUUGAAGACGGAAAAUAACUUUUUGAAGAAGGAACGUCAACAACAACCACCACCACGAGUUUCUCUUUCCGACAAGACCAACAGCAAAGUUGUCACCAAAUCCGUCCAAACCAAGCUCACAUUUCCACCAAAGAUAGUGGCCAAGAAAGAGAAGAAGACAAGUCGGAAACGAACUGUGGAGCUCACUGGAUCGUGGUCUGAUGCUGAGGAUGAUUUCUUCAAAACUAAGAUGCCAAAACAAUUAGAAUAGUUUUACUCAUAUUAUUAUAUGAUCUCAAUGUUUUUUUGUUUUUGAUUCCAUGAACUGGUAAUAAAGUUUCUAUUAUAGUAAGAGCAAAGAA